UACUUAUUCGUGCAUCGUUAUGAAAACCUAGUAAUCUUUGUCCUUUGAUUCUCAAAUCAGCCUGGCCAGUGCAACUGGCCAAAAUCGCAGGUAUGACCCACCCUAUAUUGCUUCGAGUUUCAAAUUUCAAAGCCUACGUGUGGGACGUCGACGACAUCAACAUCCUACGUUCACAUCAUCAUAUAUGUGGUAUCCUUACUGGGACUCUUCCACACCUGUCCUCGCAGAAUAUAUUCUUAGGAUUACCCCUCCAGCUGAUGCCGGAGGAGGCUGUUCUCCUUGUCGAAAAUGGAAUCGCUGUGUUCGUGGACGAUCCCAACGCCCACAUCGCUCCGUCUCCAUUGGUGUUGAAACUAUGGCAAGAAGCGCGCCUCAGCGACGUAAGACAGCAGAUAGCUUUAACGGAAGAGAAAGAGUCCAUCGAAGCUUCUAACCCUGAUCGCGCCAUGUCUGAAAGUGCGAAGCGCAAGCGCAAAGAACGAGAAGAACGCCGUGCACGUGCAAUGGCCAAUACCGCUCCCAACGUUGCUACCGAAGAUAGCCCAUCUUCUCCCACACCUGAAAAUCCCUCACAGCCUGCCAUCGGAGAAUCCCCGGACAGUGCUAUUGUGCCCUCUGCACCUCACACCGUCCAUAUUCCCGCGUCUUCAUCCACGCUGGAAUGGUACGCGCCACACUCCCAUUCAUCCUUAACAAUUGCACGCGAAGCUGGCAUAUGGCAGUAUCCCUCGACCCUACAGGAGCGCGCACGCUGUGGCGUCUUUCGCGACUUGUGGGAGAAGGGAUAUUACAUGGGUGGAGGCAUAAAGUUUGGUGGCGAGUACUUAGUCUACCCCGGUGACCCCCUCCGUUAUCAUUCGCACUUUGUCGCAUCGGUCAUCGAAGCUCCGGAUGCCGCUCUCCGCCCAAUGGAAAUUGUCGCACAUGGCCGACUUGGCACUGGGACAAAGAAGGCUCAUUUGCUGUGUGAAUGGAAUGAUGAAUCGCAGGUUGUAUCUUAUCUCUCUAUCGAAUGGGCAGGAUUUGGGUGAAGACCUGGAUAUUGUAUAGAAGCGAUUGUGCCUUGUCUCAAAACUUCUAUACCACGUUGUUUCCAACCCAGUUGUUGUCUACUGUUCUCAUCAUUAUUA